GGUUAAUGCGAGUUGGUGAUUAAAUGGCGGUGUUGUGUCAAGUAAUUGGGAAAAAAAUUUUGAUUUUUGGGUAAUUUGACGAUUUUUGUGACACAAAUUGCGAAAUGAUGGACAACAGCAAGGGUGGGAACAGCGAUGAAGAAUAUGCGUCCAAAUCCAAGCAAAGUAACGUAUUGCCACUUUGGGGCAACGAACGCACCAUGAAUUUGAAUCCUUUGAUUUUGACAAACAUACAAAGUUCGCAUUAUUUCAAAGUCAAUCUUUACGAAUUGAAGACGUACCACGAAGUCGUCGAUGAAAUCUACUACAAAGUUAAUCAUUUGGAGCCCUGGGAGAAGGGUUCGCGUCGCACUUCGGGUCAAACGGGUAUGUGCGGAGGGGUGAGAGGUGUGGGGGCCGGAGGCAUUGUCUCCACCGCCUACUGUCUCCUCUACAAACUGUUCACGCUAAAACUGACCCGUAAACAACUAAACGGCCUCAUAAACCACUGCGAUUCGCCCUAUAUUAGAGCGUUAGGUUUCAUGUACAUUAGAUACACUUUGCCCCCAAAAGAUCUCCUGGAAUGGUACGAAGAUUACUUAGAAGAUGAAGAGGAAUUGGAUGUUAAAGCAGGAGGGGGGCAAAUGAUGACCAUUGGGACAAUGCUGAGGCAAUGGUUGGUCAAAUUGGAGUGGUUUUCGACGCUAUUUCCACGAAUUCCGGUGCCUAUACAGCAGAAAAUUCAAAAACAUUUGGAAGUUAGAUUCCCUCCAUAUGCUAUCAAAGCAGCCGCUGCUGCUGCUGCUGCCGCCGCAGCAGCUGUUGCCACGGCAACAACCAAUGAGAGACCGAGAAACACGGAGAGGGAACGUAAUGAUUGGUCGCGUGACAGAGACAGACAUAGUGUUAGAGAAGAUAUAAGAAAGGAUUUUUUGCGCGAUAAUGAGAGAGAACGAAGAAGAGACAGAUACAGGGAUGACCGACGACAUGAGAAGAAAAUCAGGGAAAGAAGUCGGGAACGUGACAGAGACAGAGAUAGGAGUCCCCAUAGGGGAGACAGAGACAGGGAACACAGCAAAUACCGAAAAGGACACCAUAGAUAAAUUUGUUUCACUUUCUCACGUUAGAAUUACACUUAAGUACACUUUACAGAAUUUAUUUUUUGUUUUGAGUUUUUUAAUAAAGUCUUUUUUCCUAA